CAUCGCUUCUUUCCUUUGCGAUCGAUCUCAACUUUCUUUGAUAUCGCCCUUCCAGCAUCAACUUCUUCUGAUCAUAUUCUCAUUGUGCCUUCACAUCCAAGUUCACAAAGUCACAAUGAAGGUUUCUGGCAUCUUUGCUUUGGGCUUUAUCACUGCGGUGACUGCGGCUGCCAUCCCCAACAAGGAUGCUUCCUCCGGUGUCCUCAUUGCUCGUGGCGAUGACAACGUCGAUUCCGCUCUCAUCGCCCGCGAUGGUUUGAAUACGGACUCUACCUUGAUUGCCCGCGACAACAACAACAAGGAUUCGACCCUCAUCGCUCGUGGUGGUGACCCCGCUUGCCACAGCGACGCUGAUUGCGCUCCUGGCACCUGCUACAACGGCAUCUGUAUCGCCCCUAAGAACUUCAAUGUGGACUCGACCCUCAUUGCUCGCGGUAACCUGAAGACCGAUUCCACCCUCAUCGCUCGUGACGGAUUGAAGACCGACUCUACCUUGAUCGCCCGUGACAGCAACAACAAGGACUCGACCCUCAUCGCUCGCGAUGGCGCGAAGACCGACUCUACCUUGAUUGCCCGUGGUGACUCCAAGGUCGACUCCACCCUCAUUGCUCGCGACAACCUCGAUAAGGACUCGGCUCUUAUCGCUCGCGCUGCUCCCAAGCAGGACUCUACCCUCAUUGCCCGUGCCACUCCUCAGGAAGAUUCGACUCUCAUCGCUCGCGGUGACUUGAAGACCGACUCUACCCUCAUCGCCCGUGAUGGCUUGAAGACCGACUCGACCCUCAUCGCUCGUGGUGGUGACCCUGCCUGCCACAGCGAUGCUGACUGCGCACCUGGCACCUGCUACAACGGCAUCUGCAUCGCUCCUAAGAACUGAUUUUCUUGGUUGAAGUCCGCACGGGAUGUUCGAAAGAACUAGUCUCUAGCAUUUCGACUCUUCCACACGUGCGACGAUUUACAACGGAUCUCAAAUUCAUAACCCACGGUUCGAUAUUGGCUGGAGGAUGCGCUGGAAGUACCCAUGGUCUUUGGUGUUCGCUUUUUGGGGGAACGCUAGAAUUUGGGAAUCAUUUUAUCGCUUUUAAUGGUUUUUCCUUUUUACGAAUCUGCUCGUUGAUAGCUGAUAGCAAGUGACCCGAGG